AGCCGGGGAAGGCAGGGCGGGGCGGGAGCGGCCCCGCGUGCCCCGCGUGCCCCGGCCCCUCCCCGCCCGCCCACUGCGGGCAGGGCCGGGCCGGGCAGCGCCGCGCACCCGCCCGCAGCCGCCGCCGCUCGCAGCCGGCAUGGGCCCCCGCGGAGCGCGGCGCGGAGCCCGGCGCGCUGCCGCCUGCCUGCUGCUGUGCUGGGCUCUGGCCGCCGCCCGCGCCGCCCCGCGCAGGACACCCUCGUUCGACGGGCACGUCGAGGAGAACCGGCCGGCGGGCACGCGGGUGCGCGGGCUCAGCAUCCCCCUGACGCGGCUGGGGCCCGAGCCCUGGUGCGCCAAGGUGCAGGGGCGCCGCUGGCACCUGCAGCUGCUGGGCGAGGGACACUCGCACUUCCAGGUGUCGCUGGACGCGCGCACGGCCCGCGUGUGGCUGCGCACCCGCCGCCCGCUGGACCGCGAGGCGCGGGAGCUGUACUCGCUCCGCCUGGGGCUGUGCUGCAAGCGCUGCGCGCCCCAGGGCGCCGCGCCCGCCGAGCUGGCCGCGCUCACCGUGCGCGUCCUGGACGACAACGACAACGCGCCGCGCUUCGUGGGGCCCGGCUCCGCGCAGCUCCGCGUGGAGGAGACGCUGGCGCUCAAGUCCCAGGUGUGGCAGGCGCGGGCCGAGGACGCGGACGCGGGCGCCAACGCGGAGCUGCGCUACUUCGCCCUCCCGCGCAGCGCGCACUUCUUCGUGGUGCCGCGCAGCGGGCGCGUGGUGCUGGUGAGCUCCCUGCUCCACCUGCGCGCUCCCAUCCCGCUGCGCCUCUACGCGCGGGACCGCGGCCGGCCCGCGCUGCUCAGCGAGCCCCUGGAGCUGGAGGUGCUGCCGCAGCCCAAGCGCCUCCCGCCUCCGCCGCCCCGCCGCCGCCGGGCCGCGCUGCCGCCCGCCGCGCCCCUGGCGCUGGCCCUGCCCGAGGACGCCCGCCCGGGCACCCGCCUGGCCACGCUGGCCCCCGCGCGCUUCGCCGCCGCCUGGUUCGAGCUGCUGUCGCCGCCCGUCGAGGAGGCGCCGGUGAGCGUGGGGCGAGAGAGCGGCGAGGUGACGCUGCGCGCCGCCCUGGACAGGGAGGCGGUGGCCGCCUGGGAGCUCGUCGUGCGCGUCCAGGAGCGCCGAGGGAAGGAUUGGUACUUGGUGCACGUGUCACUGACUGUGACAGACGUGAAUGACAACGUCCCUGAGUGGGCCAUGGAGCCCUUCCCCUUCCUGGCUGUGGUUUCCCCUGAGGCUGCAGCAGGGACUGAGGUGUACAAGCUGCUUGCUGUGGAUGCUGAUGAAGGGAUCCAUGGAACUGUAGAAUAUUUUCUCUUGGAAGGUGGUGAAGACAGAUUUGAAGUUGAGAAGGACACUGGCUGGAUUAGAACAACAGGUUUGCCAUUGGUGAGGGACAAGGAGUAUUUGCUGACCGUAGUGGCAGCAGAUAAACUUGGCAGCAGAGGGUCCCCAGCCUCUGUGUCUGUCAUUGCUGGAUUUCGAGCACCACAGUUCACCAACAUGUCGUACCUCGUGUAUGUCCCUGAGAGCACCCCUCCAGGAGAGCCCUUUCUUACAGUCACUGCUGUGUCAUAUCAAAAGAAAUCCCUGAGCUACAGUUUGCUCACUAAUCCUGGGGGUCUGUUCAGCAUUGAUGGGGCAACUGGAGCCAUCAGUCUGACUGGGAGUGUGGAUUAUGAGGGUGACCCCCACCAGCACCUCCUUUUGGUCAGGGCAGAGGAGGAUGAGGAGCAGUCCAGCACUGCUGCUGAGGUUUUGGUUGUAAUCACAGAUGUGAAUGAUUGUGCCCCCGAAUUUCAUCAGUCGAUUUACAGCAAAGUCGGUGUUCCUGAGACAGUUCCUAUGACAACGGCACUUCUCCAAGUGACAGCCACUGACUGUGACUCAAAGGAGAAUGCCCAGUUGCUGUAUUACACUCUGAGCCAAGAUUUCAGCAUCACUCCUCAUGGCACUGUUUUUCCAGCAACACGGCUGGACUAUGAGCGCCCCAACCACCUCUAUGAGUUCAUCAUCAUGGCUGUAGAUCAGGGGGAAGAGCCCAGGACUGGGACUGCAACUGUCAGGAUCCACGUCUCCAAUGUGAAUGAUGAGGGACCCGAGUUUUCUCAGACAGUCUACAGGAGCUUUGUUUCUGAAGAUGCAGGCCCAAACACACUGAUUGCCACGGUUAAUGCUGUUGAUCCUGAUGGAGAUGGUGUGACAUAUGAUAUUCUGUCUGGGAAUCAGAAAGGGAACUUUGUAAUUGACCCUAAGAAAGGACUGAUUAGACUUCGUGCAAGCCCCUUUCCUAAGCUGCAGGGGACAGAAUAUGUUCUGAAUGUCACAGCUACUGAUGAUAAUGCUUCUGGAGGGCCCCAUCCUCUCACAAGUACUGCCCAGGUUGUAGUGAAAAUUGAUGAUGUCAACAAUAACAAACCCAUCUUUCAGAAGUGCCAGUAUUAUCGGGAACAUGCUUCUGUCCUGGAAAAUCAGCCUUCAGGGACUUUUGUUCUGCAGGUUGAAGCCACUGAUGCUGAUGAGGGGGCCAAUGGUGUAGUGAAAUAUGGCCUGAUGCACAGAGAUGGUGUCCUGCCAGCAUUUAGCAUUCAUCCUGACACAGGAGUUCUGACAACUGUUCAGGUAUUUGAUCGAGAAAAGCAGAGGGAAUAUCCCAUCACUGUGACAGCAACAGAUCAGGCAGCGGAGCCACUCAUUGGAAUAUGCCAGAUCAAUGUUGUCAUCCUGGACCAAAAUGACAACGACCCCAGAUUUGAAAACACCCACUAUGAAUAUUUCCUUAGAGAGGACACAAGAGUUGGGACCAGCUUCCUGCGUGUUGCAGCCCGUGAUGAUGACUACAGCUCAAAUGCUGCCAUUACAUAUUCCAUAGCAAGUGAGGAACCAAAUUAUUUACAGAUUAAUCCUACCACAGGCUGGGUGUUUGUGAACCAACCCAUAUCUCAGAAGUCAUCUAUAAUUCGAGAGAUUACUGCUACAGAUGGAGGCAACAGGAGCAGUAAAGUUGAACUUGCUGUAACUGUAACCAGUGCAAAAAACCAGCCUCCACAGUGGGAAAGAGACAGCUAUGAAGUUGUUAUUCCGGAGAAUACGACACGGGAUGCCUCAAUUUUGACAAUCAAAGCAACUUCUCCCCUUGGAGAUCCCCGUGUCACUUACAACCUGGAAGAGGGGCUUGUCCCAGAGACCAACAUGCCAGUUCGUUUCUACCUGACUCCAAACAGACAGGAUGGUUCUGCCUCAAUCCUGGUAGCUGAGCCCCUGGAUUAUGAAACAACCAAGAGCUUUCUGCUGCGGGUGCGAGCACAGAACGUGGCUGCAGUUCCUCUGGCAGCAUUCACCACGGUCUAUGUUAAUGUCACAGAUGUCAAUGACAAUGUCCCAUUCUUCACUUCAUCCAUUUAUGAAGCCUCAGUGACAGAGGGAGCUGAUGUGGGGACAUUUGUCACUCAGGUGUCUGCCACCGACCUUGACCUUGGUCAGCAUGGUGAGAUAACUUACUCCCUGUUACAUGACAGUGGCAGAGACUACACCCAAUUCCGCUUGGACCCCCAGACAGGCUCCAUUUACACCACCUCAGUGUUUGACAGGGAGCAGAAGGGCUCCUACCUUCUGGAAGUCAAGUCAGUGGAUGGCUCUGAAUCAGCUCGACCUGGAAAGCAUGGGAAACCAAACUCUGACACGGCCUACGUGCGUGUGUCCGUCAGCGACGUCAACGACAACCAGCCCGUCUUCGCCCAGGGCGUGUACGAGGUGAACGUGGGUGAGGACCAGGAUGUGGGGUCCACCAUCCUCACCGUCAGUGCCCACGAUGAGGAUGAAGGAACAAAUGCUAAACUCCGGUAUCAGAUCACAGCUGGGAACACAGGAGGAGUGCUGGAUGUAGAUCCAGAAACAGGAGCCAUUUUCAUUGCCCAACCACUGGACUAUGAAGAAACAAAAAUGUAUGAGAUCCACUUGUUGGCCUCUGAUGGGAAAUGGGAGGAUUACGCAGUUGUCAUCAUCAACAUCAUGAAUAAAAAUGAUGAGGCUCCAGUUUUUUCUAUCAAUGAAUACUAUGGAAGUAUAAUUGAGGAACUGGAUGCAUUACCAGUCUUUGUACUUCAGGUUCUGGCCAGGGAUCCUGAUAGUGGUGCUGAUGGAGGAGAUUUGAGGUACUCCUUGCAUGGGUAUGGUGCAGCUGAUAUUUUCACAAUCGAUGAGAAGACAGGCAGCAUUUACUGCCACAAGAGGCUGGACCGGGAGGAGCGAGCACUGUGGAGGUUCAUUGUGCUGGCUACCGAUGAAGGUGGAGGAGGCCUCACAGGGUUUGCAGAUGUGAUCAUCAAUGUGUGGGACAUAAACGACAACGCACCCACGUUCACGUGCAUGCCUGAUGACUGCAAUGGGAACGUCUUUGAGAACUCUCCUGCAGACACCCUGGUCAUGGAAAUGGCUGCAGUGGAUCGCGACGAUCCCAGCGUUGGUCUGAACGCAGCGCUGACCUACAGGAUAACCGAGAACGUGAAGAACGAGUUUGGUACUGACAUGUUUAACAUCAAUCCCAACACCGGGACCAUCCACGUGGCACGGGGACUGCUGGACAGGGAGAGCACUGAGAGUUAUUUUCUCACUGUUGAAGCGAGCGAUGGGGGAGGGCUAACAGGAACUGGCACUGCCACUGUGUGGGUUGCGGAUGUCAAUGACAAUGUUCCGAAAUUCACCAAGACGCUGUGGCAGGCAGCAAUUCCUGAGAACAGUGCCAUCGACUCAGAAGUCCUGCAAGUGUGUGCUACGGAUGCAGACGUUGGGGAAAAUGCAGAUUUGAUGUUCAGCAUCAUUGGGGGAGACCCAGAUGAGAAGUUUUAUAUUGAGAAUGACAAAGAAUGGCAAUGUGGCACCGUUCGACUGAAGAAGAAGUUGGAUUUUGAGAAUGCCCGUGAAAGACAGUUUAAUCUUACUAUUACUGUGGAAGAUCUGGAUUUUUCUAGUGUUGCAGUGUGCCUGAUUGAAGUUGAAGACUCAAAUGACCACAGCCCAGCUUUCCCUUCUCAAUUUAUUCAGACAAACCCUGUAUUUGAAGACGUGCCUGUAGGUACUACAGUAGCUACGGUGAGGGCUACAGACAAGGACUCUGAUUUGAAUGGGAAGAUCAUCUAUUCUAUAAAGUCAGAUUCAGAUCCUAUGAGACAGUUUGUGGUUGACCAGUUUGGUCACGUGGUUGUGGCCAAUGCGCUGGAUCGUGAAGCCAUUCAGAAAUACACUUUAAUUGUACAAGCCUCAGAUCAGGGGACACCUGCCCGCACUGGAAGUGUUACAGUUUUAAUUAACUUGCUUGAUAUUAAUGACAAUGGACCAAGGUUUGAGGCACCAUACAUGCCUGUAGUUUGGGAAAACACGCUGAAGCCUGAAAUAGUGCAUAUGAACCAUACAUCAAAGCUGCUUCAUGCGUUUGAUCCAGAUGGGGAGGAGAAUGGGCCACCCUUUACCUAUUCAUUGCCUCCAGAUUAUCAGAAUUCCUUGGAUUUUUCUCUUACUGACAACAGAAAUAGCACAGCAACUAUAACAGCUUUGAGGUCCUUUGACAGAGAAAAGCAGAAGGUGUUCCACCUGCCAAUAGUUAUAACAGAUAGUGGGAUUCCAGCAAUGAGCUCCACAACCACCCUGACUAUAACAGUUGGGGAUGAGAACGACAACUGCCACGAGUCUGGGCACAAGGAGGUCUAUGUGUACAGCUACAAAGGAAAAUGGUCAACAACAGUGCUUGGGGAUGUGUUUGCACCAGAUCAGGAUGACUGGGACAAUAAAACAUUUCUCUCUGAAGGAAAACUGCUCAAAUCUUUCAGAUUAAAUCAGAGGACUGGGUCUUUGCUGAUGGUGGAUAACACUCCUCAGGGAAUAUACAACUUAAGAGUUAGAGUUUCUGAUGGAGUUUGUCCUGAUGUUAUAUCUACAGUACAAAUCCACGUCACUGACCUGGAAAAUGAAGCCAUACAAAACUCAGCCACUGUGCGUUUCUCAGAUGUGACAGCAGAGGAGUUCAUAAGGAGAGAUGAACACGGCAAAACGAGACAUGGCAAGUUCAAGGAGUUCCUUGCAAAGCUGUUACCUGCAAGGCUGAGUGAUGUGAUUGUCUUCAGUGUGAUGAGCAGGGGCGGCAGACAGACAGACGUGAGGUUUGCAGUCCGUGCUGGCUCGGCCUAUUACAGACCUGAGAAACUGCAUGCAGAGAUGGCAGCGUUCAAAACCGAGAUGCAGUCAGCUCUACAACUGAACGUUUCCCAGAUCGAUGUGGACGAGUGCAGGAGCGCCAACUGCAGCGAGGGCUGCACAAGCCAGCUGAGUGUGAGUGACAUCCCCACGGUGAUGGACACGGGCAGCGUGUCCCUGGUGUCACUCACGGCCUCCAGCCGCGGCGUGUGCGGCUGCACAGCGCGCGAGCGCCCGCACCGGCCCUGCUCCUCCUACGCCCGCAGCCCCUGCCUCAACGGGGGCGUCUGCACGGACACGCGCAGCGGCUACAGAUGUCUUUGUCCUGCUUCCUUUCAUGGACCAGACUGCCAGCAGACUAAGCACAGUUUCCAUGGAAAUGGUUAUGCAUGGUUUCGUCCCAUCAGACCUUGUUUUGAAAGCUCACUCUCUCUAGAGUUUAUUACUGUGGUUCCAGAUGGACUUUUACUAUAUAGUGGCCCUUUAUCAAACCCAGAACCUGGGAGUACAGAAAACUUCAUUGCAAUAGAACUGUCUGGUGGUAUUCCUGUGCUGAAGAUGAGCCAUGGCUCAGGUUCUGUGGUGCUGCAGUUUCCAAGUCACCUGAAUGUAGCAGACAAGAAGUGGCAUCGACUGGAAGUCAGGACCAAUGGUCAGGAUGUCCGCUUCACUCUGGACCAGUGCAGCGCCGCCGUGGUGUCCGAGAUAGAAGGGGUUGGCCGCUGGCUGUCCACGGAAGAUCGCACAGACUGUGAAGUCUUGGGGACUGUUCCACGGGGAGCAAGGUAUUUGGAUGUGAACCAUGUUCUCCAGCUGGGUGGUGUGAAAGAGUCGUUGCCAUAUUCCUACCCACAAUUGCUGCACAAACAUUUUUCUGGUUGCUUGCGCAAUUUUGUCUUGGAUACUCAGGUGUACGACCUUCAGUCUCCUGCGGAGUCCCUGAACAGCUUCCCUGGCUGCAGCCUGACGGACGGGAGCUGUGAGACCAUGGGCUCCUCGUCCUGCGGUGUCCACGGGCGGUGCCUGGGGGACUGGGGCUCCUUCGCGUGCCACUGUCUGCCCGGCUACCACGGCUACCGAUGUGAGAAAGUGGCCAAGGAGUACAGGUUUGAGGCGGGCAGCCACAUCCGGUACCAGCUGCCUGUCAGCGUGUCUGCGCGCAGGACGCGGUUCCAGGCGCUGGUGCGCACGCGGCAGCCCGACAGCGUCAUCGCCACCAUGCGCUCCCGCGGCAGGGACGAGCACAUCACCCUGCAGGUUGUUCAGGGACUCUUAGUGGUCUCAUACAACCUGGGUGAUGGAAACUAUUCUGUAAGCCUGCCAUCCUACCCCAUUGAUAAUGGUGAAUGGCAUCACAUCACACUGGAGAGAAAUGAAAAUGAGUUUACUCUUCGCCUUUAUGAAGGAGGUGGGAAGAGAGAGAUUACUAAAGCAGCAGGAAUAUACAAAGAGAUUGUCAUAGACCCCAGCAGCUUGGUCCUUGGAAACACCUACCCCUUCAAUCAAAACAAGAGUUUUCAAGGAUGUAUGAAGGAUGUCAGAUUUAACAACUACAGAAUCCCUCUGGACACUCACGGGAAGGAGCUGGUGUCAGUGUUGAGUGCCCAAGGCAUCAAAGAAGGCUGUUCUUCGGAGGCCUGUCGGAAUAACCCUUGCAACCAGGAGUUUAUUUGUAUUGAUUUGUGGAUGAUGCAUGAAUGCAGCUGCCCCGCGGGACACAUGGUGCUGGAGAACGCCUCAGGCCGGCAGUGCGUGCACACGGCGUGCGCAGAGCGGCCCUGCCACUACGGCACCUGCGUGUCGCUGUCCCCCAGCGCCUUCCAGUGCCGCUGCCCCGACGGCUACGCGGGGCACCGCUGCGAGAUCACCCUGGCCAUCUUCCACAGGGACACGGGCCUCAGCUUCACCUCCCUCUUCGCCAUCUGCGUCUGCUUCCUGGCGCUCCUAGCUCUGCUCAGCGCCGGCGCCCUCUGGGCUCACUGCAAGGCGCGCAAGGGGCUGCACGGAGGCGGCUGCCACGGACCUGCUCACCCCGAGGAGCUGGAGGACAUCAGGGAAAACAUCCUCAACUACAACGAAGAAGGGGGUGGGGAGCAAGAUGAACCGUCCUUCUGCUGAUUCAGCCCUGCAAUUGGCAGAUGAAUUAUUUGGAGGGGUUUGUACGUGAGGGUGCAUGUUUCCUGAGCAGAGAUAAGUGCCUAUCCAUUUUUAAUUUGUCUUAGGGCCAGUGAUCCUGAGUGCAUGUUGGUGAGUUUGGCAGUAGAGACUAACAGCUGCUGGGUUUGGUUUCGGGGCUCAGGAGACACUGAGGUUCUCAGGGUUCAUCUCUGCUGCAGCUCCAAGGGCUUGGAAGAGCCUGGUGUGACUGUUCCUCAUGGCCAGGCUUUUGCAGAGCCUGCUCCCAGCAGCAGGUAUUCACACCUCUUGGAAAGGAGAUGUGCUCAGCUGGCUCCUCUGAGGCCCUGGGGCAUGUGGUGGGUGUGGAAGAACCUUUCUGCAGUUUUGUGUUUUGGAGAUAAAUGCACCAGUGAACACAAGCUGUUUAUACUUAGAGUAGAGCAGAUCAUACCCCAGAGCAGGUAUUAUUAACAUUCCUGCUGGCUGUUCUAAGGUUUUCACGUGUCAGUGAAAGGUAGAGCUUUGAAGGAAAACUGUGGCUAUUAUAAACAAGUACUCUUAAUAAUUUACUGACUUACAGAUGCCUUCUAUGUUUAUAAAAGGUAAGAAACUUCAUGGCCAAAUGUUCAUUUCAUGGAUUCAAGGGGUGGUGUGACUCUGCAGAGGUAAUAAUAGUCAUGGUGCCAAUGUGAUGGGCCAAAAAAAGCCAGUGAUUUAAAAAUAUUCUUGCUUGUAGAGUAUCCUUAUUUUCUUGGUGAAUUAGAGGGAACAUAAUAAACACAGACAUUUCCCAUGUGAUAACAUAGACAGCUAUAAAUCCUGUUUUCCUUAAUCAGAUUAACUUCCUCUGCAAUAUUUUGCAAUUUUACACCCAGAAGGUCUCUUUGAGGAAAUCUACAGUUACUGUAUGACAUGUUUAAUUACUUGUGGAGAGUUCUUAAAAUACACCCCUUAUUUUAAGCAGUGGAAUCAAAUUAGUGGCUUGAUGAUCUCCAUCUGAGGCUAUUACUGUGCCUGAAGAAACAGUGCUUGGAGUGAAGCCUCUCUGGGUUCUGUGUUCUCUUUCUAAAUUACUCAGAUUGAACAGUUGCUGGGAUUCCAGCUGAAACUUUUUAAGCUAAAACCUAGUUGUUUGUCUAAAUUUAAAAAACCCAAACAAACAAACCAGCCCCCAAAAUACCUAGAAUUUACACCAGCUUAGUUGUAAUGUUAUCUCAACAGAAGGAUCAUGAGGCUGCUUGGAUAAGAGAGUUUCAUUUUUUGUAAUGUUUGUGGAUGAUAGGGCUGUGGGGACAAGAGGUUGUCAUAUGAGGCAGUUUCUGCAUCUGAAAUAAAUAAAAUUUUCCCCCAGAGAAAUCAGGAGCUCAUAAGAACUGCAGGAGGUCAGUGCAUUGUUGAGUACACACUGAACUCAACAGACCACGAGAUGUUAAAAGCCAGCUGUGGACCCAGAGGCAGGGCUUCAGUUGAGUUUGUGGAUGGCCAGCCAAGAAGGGUUUAUUAUCAGAAGAAACGUGUCAUUUUAAUGAAUAAUUAGUUGCAGUGAAGGAUGCUUUUAAUAGUUCAGUGAAGGGAUGGUCCUCAGGUCUGUAUUGGAACAAGCUCCCAUUUAACUUGUGUCUUUUUGAAAGGUUGCUCCAUGUCAUGGAUUCUCUUGGUAUCCACGCCCAGAGUGGGGCUGGACUUGCACUAACUUAGGAUGUGCCUAAGGCAGGGGUCUGGGCUGUGGGUCUCCGUGUUCAUCACCAGCACUCCUCAGCCUCUGGAGGAAUGGGAAUAAACAGCUCCUGCCCCAAACCCCAUCCUGCCACUUAGGCAGCUUCUUGAUCGCAGGUGGGGGAAUUUAAAUUGUUCUCUGCCUCCAGGGGAAAUUCAGCAAAGCUCACUGAGAUUACCUCGGUUAAUCUCUUACAACAUGGUUAUGCACAAUGCCACAUGCUGGAGAACUACAGAAAUCUUUUGGAAGUGCUGAUUCUACACUCUGUCACUGAUGGCUCCUGUUCCCACGAACAGUAUUAGCAAUACAAGUGAUUAUUUGUUUGCUCUAAUGAACUCUGUCUCCCACCACCUGUCAAUUGUCUUCUUUGCCCUGUAAAUCAGUCCAGGAGCACAACCUUUGGGUUGUAGGGAGGUGAAGGAUGCUGGGGACAGGACUUCACUGCAGGUGACACAAAGAUCCUGAGCAGUGAAUGCCAUUAACUGUUGGCAUUGGCAGCUUUGUGCCAGAGGCUGUGGCACAACUCCCAGACAGCGUUUACUGCAGCUGAGCGGGGAAUUAGUGACUUUUUUGGGAGCAGGUAGUUUUACUUGGCAUUUACAAUUGUGCCACUGCCAUGUAACGCAAUUAGGCAUUAUUCCAGAAACUGGUAAAACUGUAUCAGAAAUCAUAAUAGAUUUUUGAACUACUACUACUACUACUACUACUACUACUACUACUACUACUACUGCAGAAAGAUUUCUUCAACAUGCUUUUUGUGAACGCCCUUUUUCACCUCUUCUGCCACACUUGUGGUAUCAGUGUCCAGUGAUGAUAAGGCACUCAGAUCUGAAUUUCUGUCAGGUUUAUUUAGUUUUGGUAUGAAUCAGACUCGAUUCUGGCCGUGGCCGCAGCAGUGCAGAGUGCACAGGUGUUCGUUCCUCCCAGGCUUUCCCAGGUGCAUUGCAGAGCUGGCAGAACACCCCGCCCUGCAGGUGCUCACAGCGGACGGACUGACUCGGGGUCCCUCCUUUAUUCCCAGCAGAACAGGAACUUUCCGACCCACAGCGCGCUAAUUCCGUGUGCCCGCUCUCUCUCUCCGCAGGACGCGUACGACAUGGCGGAGCUGCAGGUGUCGGUGCAGGGCAGCCCGGCCUAUUCCCUGCAGCGGCGGCCGGAGCCCCCGGCGCGGCGCCCGGGCGCGCUGCGGGCCGAGCUGGGCCGGGCGCUGCCCGCGCUGCUGAGGGA